GUUUCCGCUUCCGUUGAGGCUGGAGGGGCUGCAGCUGGAGCUGGAGCCUUGUCUCUGCUGUGCUCCUUCCGUUCUCCAGUCUCUGCUGCUGGCUGCCACCUUGGAGGAGGUGUCUUAGGGGCGGGCAGGGGAGGGGGGGUGGAGGACACGCCUUGUGGGGGGAUUUUCUCCACCCCCUCUGUGAGUAAGCAUCUGCUGUUUGUGCCUCCUUUAACUGCAGUAUCCCCGGGGGGGAUCCAUUUUACAAAGCUAAUCUGACUCGCUUGCUUCCAGUCUGGAUAACACACGGGAGCUGGAGGUGGCCCAUCACUUUCCAGACUGGCACCGUAAGACUUGCUUGUUUCCCGCCUACUUUUCCUUGCCGCAUGUGCCAAAUGAAUCCCCGUGAGCCUAGCAGCCUCGUGCCAAAUCUCUGCGGGUGGUCCUGGCGUUAGAAUGGUGCCCGUGUUCCUGUGACGAGGCCAACCCCCCCAGGCAGGAAGACCGGAGACUGCAGAGGGGCAGUGGGAGCCCGGCAUGGAGGGAUCUGACCAGCGGCUGGUGCUGGGCAUGAACAUGGGUGAUGGACGGCAGACACCUCCUGGGGAGCUGCGGACUCCCACCGAAGAGGGGCAGGAACAAAGAACACCUGUGCCUGAAGCCAUCUGUGAUGGGGGUGGGGACGCCAAGACCCUGCAGAGGACAGAAGAGGAGGAGGAGGAAGAGCUGGACCCCCGAAUCCAGGAGGAACUGGAGCAUCUCAACCAGGCCAACGAGGAAAUAAAUCGCGUGGAGCUACAACUGGAUGAAGCCCGUACAACGUAUCGGAGGAUUUUAUCGGAAUCUGCCAGGAAGCUCAACGCUCAGGGCUCCCAGCUGGGGAACUGCAUUGAGAAAGCACGUCCUUACUACGAGGCCAGACGCUUGGCCAAGGAGGCUCAGCAGGAGACCCAGAAGGCUGCGCUUCGAUACGAGCGGGCGGUCAGCAUGCACAACGCGGCCCGGGAGAUGGUUUUUGUGGCCGAGCAGGGCGUGAUGGCGGACAAGAACCGGCUCGACCCCACCUGGCAGGAGAUGCUCAACCAUGCCACGUGCAAGGUGAAUGAGGCGGAGGAGGAGCGUCUGCGCAGUGAACGGGAGCACCAGCGGGUCACCCAGCUCUGCCAGCAAGCGGAGGCCAGGGUGCAGUCUCUACAGAAGUCCCUGAAGCGUGUCAUUGUGAAGAGCAAGCCCUACUUUGAGCUGAAGGCUCAGUUCAACCAAAUUCUUGAGGAGCACAAGGCCAGGGUGACGUCCCUGGAGCAGCAAGUGGCCCAGGCCAAGAUGCGCUACUCGGUGGCCCUGCGGAACCUGGAGCAGAUCAGCGAGCAGAUCCAUGCCCGGCGGCUCCAGCGCCUGGUCGGUCGGCGGGCCUCCCCAGUCGGCGCCGAGGCCAGCCCGGCACUGCUGUACGGAGGGGCGGUGCUGCCUCCCGAGCCGUCCUCCUCUGCCGACACUCUCUCGGUGCUCAGCUUCCAGACCAUUGCCUCUGACCUGCAGAAGUUUGACUCGGUCGAGCACCUGCUGGGGCUGUCCGAUGCCGCCAGCCUGAACAGCGACGAGCUGGAGGAGCGGGAGCAGCGCCGCAAUGCCCAGCCCCACUCCUUCAAGCACCACCGCAGUAUCAGCCUCUGACCCAUGCCCCGUGGCAAGAGAACAAGGGAGAGAUGGUUGCGAUAAGGAGGUGCAAGGAAUGGGUUAGAGCCGGGGGAGGCGCCUCGCUGAAUGCUCAGAUAACGGAGCUGUUUUGGCCUCGCCUGUCUGGAGCGUAGCCUGCAGGUGGAGUCUUAAACCCCCAUCCCCCUGUUUGGUACGACCCAGAUUUCCUUCCCCCUUAAUACCCCUAGCACUGCGGUGCCCAUCCGACCCCCCUUGCUACUGGGGACUUUGGCAUUUGGGUCCCACUGUUGGGCUGCCCUUCCCUUCUCCCCCCAGCAUGCACCUGCUUCCUUGCAGCAUUGCAUCCUGGAAGUUGAUCUCUCCCCGCACCCUUCUCCUAGCUUGUUGGGUUAUUGGUGACACCGUCAUCCUUAGUGGCCAGCGAGUUGUAGGAAAAGGCUUGGGCUGGAGGCGGAGGGAAGAAACCCAGGCGGGGUGGGUGGGUUAAGAAAACCUGCUGCUUGUUUUUACAUGAUUGAUUGUGUUUUGCUGUGAAGCACUCAGACCGCAGAGGAGGGGCCGAAGUGCCGAAGUUCCACUGCUCCCGCCUCCGUUUGGGAGAGACGCCACCCAGGACUGUGCAGGGUGCCCUUUUUAAACAGAAUUCUGACGCCCCACCUGGGGGCUUCUUAACACACUACAGCAUAUCGGAGGCAUGCUCGUGUCCCUCUUUCCUUUUUCAUGCCUCCCAGGCGGUGUGAUACGACACCCUCUUUUUAUAGCUUCUCCCGCAUUGUCUGUAGGCCAACACUACUACGAAGAGACUGGUGCCUUGAGGGUGCUGUUCGGUGACACCAGGAGAGAGGGGGGAGGGAGCAUUGUGGGUGUGGGGGGGAGCAAUAGCCUUGUCCAGCUGGGACGGUUCCCUAACUAUCUCACCUACUUGGUACCACCCCCGGUUUGUCCCAGUCACAUGACGAUGGCAUGUUUGCUUCAUUGGAUGCGGUUUGCACUAGAAGGCGGGGCAGUGAAAUUCCUAAUGAAGUUUCUGCUUGCUCCUCACUCUUUCUGUCCUCCCCUUCCGGGCGACGGUGUCACUUUUGCCACUCAAGCAAUUUUUAUGGGCUCGGGCUGCGAUGAGAACCGGGCCGGUUUGAGGCAGCCUGAUUGCCACUCGGUGUGUUUGUAUGACUGGCUUCUGCUGUGUGUUUUAUUUAAAGUAAAGUUUAU